AUGACCUCCGACCUGGUUAGACCCGAAGAGGCCGUCGUCAGCAGGUACGGUGCACUAGAGGUGUCGCGCCAUCCUGAGGGAGAUGUUCUCGACUCCAGGUACUGGACUGAAGAAAGAAGAUCAGAGGCCGUUGUAUUCAAGCUUUGCGUAUGCGGCGAACUACCCACUUUCGAGUAA